UGGUGCUUACUGCUCUGCUCAGUUUCUAACUCACAAGCUUGUUCUCUUUCUCUCUCUCUCUCUCUCUCAACCAGCAUCGAUCAUCAAUGGAGAAAAAAGAAGAAGAAGAAGAAGGGUACUACAGUCCAAUACCAAAAGCAGAUUGGUUCACAAAAAUAUUAUAUUUCCAAUCAGAUAUAAUUUACAACUGCGUCGUCACACUCUUAUCACCUUUCAAACUUGUUUCAUCCAUGCUUUACGAGUCCUACCGUCGCACUGAAGCGACCACAGAAGCCCUGGAGUCUACAGUGCUUAAAGUACCCACUAAAGUUACACAGGGAAGUUUCGUGUUGGUUAGGAAGAUAGGGCUAGGGGUUAUGGGUGCUAUACAUAUGUUUGUGGUUUUGUUAGGUGUUAUGAUUUUGGCUGGUUUUCUGGGUGUUGGGUUGGUGCAACUAUGGGUGGAGAAGCCUGUGUUUUUGAGAGAGAGGUUGUUCUUUGAUUACACUGAUGUGAAUCCUAAGGCUGUGUUUAGCUUUGGCGGUGUUGAUGGUUCUAGCAUUUAUAAGAGGGGACAAGCGGGUGUCCCAGCUGGUCAUUCUUUUCAGGUUUCCUUGGAGCUUUUGGUGCCUGAAUCUGAUUACAAUAGGGAAGUUGGGAUGUUUCAGUUGACUGCAGAACUUUUGUCAGCAAAGGGAGUUGUGCUUGCAAAAUCUAGCCAACCAUGCAUGUUGCCAUUUAGAAGCCUUCCAAUUAGGCUCCUAAGAACAUGCCUCAUGAGCAUACCAUUAGUACUAGGAAUCUCUGAAGAAACUCGGAAGAUAUCUAUUGAAAUACUGAAGCACGAAGAAGGUUAUCCACGGAGCAAAGCUAUCAGAGUGACUUUGAUUCCAAGAUCUGGAACAUUGUAUGUCCCACAGUUAUAUGAAGCUGAAAUCCUCAUGAACUCUCAGCUACCAUGGACAAAACAAUUGUUGCGCAACUGGAAGUGGACGAUUUCUGUAUGGGCAACAUUAUACAUUUAUAUGACGCUGCUUAUUGUUCUCCUCUGCUUCUGCAGACCACUUCUCUUCCCAAUGACAAUGGUGAAUUUCGGUGACCAUAGGGAGGGAGAUUCGAGUAUAAAAGAUUCAAAAGAGCCUCAGACAGAACCAAGGGAUGAGGGAGAAAUUUCAGAAUUAGUGAGAAAAUGGCAGCAAAGGAGGAAGAAGAGAAAGGCAAUCUUUUUUCAUAGAGAUGUAUCAGCAACAGUUGGGUCAUCAGCUUCGAGCAUGAGCAUUACCAGGGAAGACGCAAGUAUAUUGGUGGAAGAAGAAACUGGGGAUUCAGAGUCGGUGUGCUUAGAUGACUGAGAAAUUCGAGUUGUGUACUACUUUAUCAUACUAUGACUAUCAGUAUAAUUAUCCUUCAUAAUGUUGCUA